AUGGAAGACAUCUGCAUUGUGUGCGCAGAGCCGCUGCAGUACGCGGCGUACGCUGCCUGCGGGCACAAGGAUGCCUGCUCCAAGUGCGUGGCCCGCCUGCGGUCGGUCCUCAAAGACCCGCGCUGCGUGUACUGCCAGGUGCCCGCGGACUCUGUGUUUGUCACCCGCUUCAUGGGGGAGUACACAGAAACCGUACCGCCCGACGAGUUUGCCGCGCUGCCGGGCCGUGCCAAGCGCGGCGAGCUGCAGCACCUCGCCUCCGCCCAGGCCUACUUCGAUGAUGCCGCCCACUUCCGAGAGAUCGCCGGCCUGUGCUCGUACACCCACCCGCGGGCGCUGCAGGAGGGCGAGGGCGCGCCGCCCAAGCCCUUCCCCUCCCUCAAGGCCCUCCAGACCCACCUGCAGCAGCAGCACCGCCUCCAGUUCUGCGACAUCUGCCUGGAGGGGCGCAAGGUAUUUGUGGCAGAGCAGCAGGUGUAUGGCAAGGCUGAGCUGGAGCGUCACAUGCGGGGCGGGGACGUGGAGGGGCCCAUGGCUGCGGCAGGCUUCAAAGGGCACCCCGAGUUCUGCCGCAAGCGGUUCUACGGGGAGAAUGAGCUGUACCAGCACAUGCAUGCCGACCACGAGAACUGCUUCCUGUGCAGGCGCGCCAACCCCCACAAAUUCGUCUACUACCGGGACUAUGCCGACCUGGAGAACCACUUUGAGCGGGACCACUUCCUGUGCCCGCACCCCGCCUGCCUGGAAAAAAAGUUUAUUGUGUUCCCCAGCGAGCAGCAGCUCAAGACACACACUGCGAGGGAGCACGGCGAGACGCUGAGCAAGCUUGAGAAGAAGGCGGCGCUGACGCUGCAGAUGAACUUCCAGUACCGGCGGGACGAGGCGGAGGGAGAGCGCGGCGGGCGCGGCGGCGGCGGCGGGGGCGGCCGCAGCCGCGGCGGCGGCGGCGGCGCAUCUGGCAGCUCGUUGCCCGCUGAGGCUCCCCACCCGCUGGCAGCGGUGCUGGGGGGCGACCGGCGCGCGGUAGUGAUUGGCGGUGCGGCCAGCGUGCCGUCCCAGCUGCAGGGCCGCAGCCAGGGCGGCAGCCGGGGCAACCUGCAGGAGGCGCUGGCAGCCAGCGUGGAAAGCGCGCAGGUGGAAAGCGCGGUACGCGCCUCCCAGGCGCAGCCAGGCGCCGCAGCCGGCGGCCAGCAGCAGGGGCAGGGCCCCUCGCUGAGCGAAGCAGACUUCCCGACAGUCGGCGGCGGCGGCAGCGGCUCGGCGGCGGCGGGCGGCGCGCCGCGCUGGGCGGGCGCCGCCGGCGGCGGCGCCGGCGGCAGCCUCAGCGCCGACGACUUCCCCGCGCUGCCAGGCGCCAGCAAGUCAGCCAAGCGUCGAGCCGCCAAGAAGAAGAGCCUUGCGGCGGUGGUGGGCGGCGGCGGCGGCGGCGGCGGCGGCGCGGUGCGCGUGCUCCACGCCUCCGGCGGCCGCCCGCCGCUGCCGCCCUCUUCGGACCACUUCCCAGCGCUGGGGCCGGGGCCCCAGCAGCAGCAGCAGCAGCGCUCUGCGCCGGGCUCUGCGGCGGCAUCUGCGGCGGCGUCUGCGGCGGCAUCAGAGGAUGAGGGAGGCAGCAGCGGCGCGGCCGGCUCUCGGCCCUCCAGUGCCGCCGGCUUUGUGCAGCUGCAGCGAGACGAUUGGGAGUCGAUCCUGCCGCGGGCCAGCCGCCGGCGCGGCGGCGGCGGCGGCAGCAGCGACGGCGGCGACGGCGGCCUGCCCCGCCCUCCCUCUGCCCAAGAGAUUGCGGGACCGCUGGAGGCCCCGCCAGAGCGGCAGCCGCAGCUGGAGCGGCUCAAGGCGCGGCAGGCCAAGCGCCAGCAGCAGCAGCAGCAGCAGCAGCAGCAGCAGCAGCAGGCGGGCCCCGCACCAGCGGCCGCGCCCCCGCCAGCCCCUGCUCCCGCCGCCGCGCCAGCGUCCACCGCCGCUGCUGCCGCGCCCGCGGCAGCCGGGGCCGGGCCUGCCGGCAUCUCAGAGGCGCUGCGUGCCGCCAACAAGCUGCUGAUAGACAAGAUCCGUAGCCAGCUGGAUGCCUCCCAGUUUGCCCAGUUCAGGCAGCAGUCCGCCAGCUGGGUGCGGGGCCAGACCAGCUCUCAGCAGUACCAUGAAGCCGUGGCGGAGCUGGGGCUGGUCAGCGUCAUCCCCGACCUCGCCGCCACCUGUCCCGACGCCGCCAAGCGGACAGAGCUGCUGGCCGUGCACCGCGAUGCCUUUGCUCCAGAUGGAAAGUCCAAGGGCAAGGGAAGGUGGGUGCCUCCCGAGGCGGCGGCGGUGGCCGCCAGCCUGGCGGAGCGAAACGCCAGCUGGCAGUGCGGCGCAUGCACGCUGGCCAACGCCCCCUCGGCCCGCGUGUGCGAGGCCUGCGGCCAGCUGCGCCCCGGCCCGGACGAUGCCAGCAAUCGGUGGAGGCAGCAGCAGGCACAGCAGGCACCGCCGCAGCAGCCGCAGCCGCAGCCGCAGAAGCCCCAACGGAAGGCGCCGCCGCCUGCCCAGGCGCCGGCCGCAGCGGCCCCCGGGGCAAACGGCGGCAGCAGCGGCGGCUGGGCAGCUGCGGCGCGGCCGCCGCAUGCCCCCGCCGCCCCCGCGCCGGCACCCGCGCUGCAGCUCCGGCACCCGGCGGCAGCUCCGGCGGCGGCGGCGGUGGCGGCGGCACCCUCGCCCGAUGCCUUCCCCGCGCUGCCCUCGGCAGCGCCUUCGGGCGCCCGGGGCGGCGGCCACGCGGCGGGCGGCGGCGGCGGCGACGGCAGCAAGAAGGGGAAGAAAGGGAAGCAGCCCUUGGAUCAGUUUAUGAGGGCCACCAAAGUCCACCCUCAGAACGCGUGGCGCAACCCCAACCUGCGCGGCCAGUGGGCGCAUGGUGGCGGCGGCAGCCUGGCGGAGGAGGAGCAGGCGCUGCUGGAGGCUUACGGGCAGGGCAGGCAGAAGUGA